GUAUAGCCCCCAAGAGUCUUUUCACCACCAAAGUUACAUUUUGAGUCUGUUCAUAGGCAAGGCAUGGCUUCAUCUAUCACUCUGAUCGCAGUCUUUUCAAUUGCCCUGUUUGCAUGCAUCACGGAAGCAAGGAAGAAUCCUACGGACUUUUUGCAAUCUGCUGUCAUUAACGAGCAUACUGAGGACAAUCACCAUGCAGAGUCGUCCCUUUCCAAUCAGAAGAAGACAAGUAAUGGUAACACAUUGAAGGAUUUCGAGUCGAAACCCGGCUCCUUUCUCUGGGGGUAUCAAGGCAACGACGCUGAGUCUAAGUCUAAGGAGGAGAAGCCUCUUAUGAAAGGCUUUGAGUCAAAGCCCGGCUCCUUUCUUUGGGGGUAUCAGGGCAACGACGCUGAAUCUAAGUCUAAGGAGGAGAAGCCUCUUAUGAAAGGCUUUGAGUCGAAGCCCGGCUCCUUUCUCUGGGGAUAUCAAGGCAACGACGUUGAGUCUAAGUCUAAGGAGGAGAAGCCUCUUACGAAAGACUUUGAGUCAAAGCCCGGCUCCUUUCUCUGGGGGUAUCAAGGUCCUCUUAUGAAAGACUUUGAGUCGAAGCCUGGCUCCUUUCUCUGGGGGUAUCAAGGCAACGACGCUGAGUCUAAGUCUAAGGAGGAGAAGCCUCUUAUGAAAGACUUUGAGUCGAAGCCCGGCUCCUUUCUCUGGGGGUAUCAAGGCAACGAUGCUGAGUCUAAGUCUAAGGAGAAGAAGCCUCUUAUGAAAGACUUUGAGUCGAAGCCCAGCUCCUUUCUCUGGGGGUAUCAAGGCCCUCUUAUGAAAGACUUUGAGUCAAAGCCCGGCUCCUUUCUCUGGGGGUAUCAAGGCAACCACGCUGAGUCUAAGUCUAAGAAGGAGAAGCCUCUUAUGAAAGACUUUGAGUCGAAGCCCGGCUCCUUUCUCUGGGGGUAUCAAGGCAACCACGCUGAGUAUAAGGAGAAGAAACCACUCGUGAAAGAUAAUUAAUGUCCAGGGAAGCCGCAACUUUACCUCUGAAUGAGCUACGGACAUAUAUGUCUUCUGGCUGGUCUGAUUUUCUCCAUUUUCUUUAUUGGCAUGAAAAUGUGUGAUAUGUAAUAAAUGCAGUUCUUCUUUCAACCAAGCGUUCCGUAUAAUUAAUUAAAUGAAAGUCAGUACCGUUGAGUGCAUUUUCUGUUUC